CACAUCAUCCAAGGGAUUGGAAAUUUACGUAACCACAUACCCAGAGUACAGCCAAAAACACUUCCGUAACCCUGAAUCGUCGUUCUACACUCCAAGCACCGUCCACAACGCCCACUUCCUCAUCCAGCAACAAUUCCCCCAUAAAAGUCAAUGCACAUCGCAAGCCCCACCAUGCGGCUGGCGCUGUACUUAGAGCGCGACAUAGCAGCAGAGGGAAAUGCCAAUGCUUCUCCACACCGAGUAGUACAGCCACUCGAGGGUGAAGGACGCUAUCUUUUCUUUCAGGGUCAGCGGGAUGGAGGUUCGGCGGCGAGGUCGGAAUCAGUGGUGUAUACGUUGGAGGGCGAGCAGACGACGAUCUGAUGGGAGAGAGUGGCUGUUGCUGUUGUUGUUGCUGUUGUUGUUGGGCCUGUAGCUGAAGCCGAAGCCGCAGCUGUUGGUGGUGGGGGGAAAGGGAGGUUGACGGAGGAGUUGAUGCUGGAGAGCGCCGCUGAGAAGGGGAAGCCAGUCUGCGGGCUAGUUAGGGCAUGUGCUGCCGCAUUGCAAUGGGGAUGGUGGGAGGCGAUGAAUAGAGGGGGGGCCUGAGCCUGAGCCUGGGCCUGAACCUGAAACCGAGCUUGGUGAGGGGCACGACGAGGAAGAGGUACUGGUGGUGGUGGUGGUGGUGAGUGUAUGUGCACCAGUGUGUAGGUGUACUUGAGUAGAGAGUGGUCGUUGCCUACACUCGAGUACUUGGCGAGGGGUUCUUUGGCGGUGCCGCAGCAUUGAGUUUCCCCAGAUUUCAAGGCUUGGCAUCGCCUGUCAGUACCCAAAUAGCCAAAUACAACCCUGCACAAAAAAAAGUACAGUAAGUCCAGCCAGUGAGCCAGGUCGAGCAACACAACGCCCCGCCAGCUCCAGCUUCAACAUCACCACUAGCUCCAGCUUGCCUUGAGCAAUCUGGCGAUGGCACAAUUUUUCUUUCGACCCUUCUCCUUCUCCCUCGCCGUCGCCUGUAGAACGAGAACAGCAACGAGGCCGCCGCAAAGAUGUUUCUCCCAAUCGUUACGUGCACCGACUGGAAGGCCAGGAAUGAAAGAGGUGAUGCCUACGCCCAAAAUGAAGAGUGAUGCUAGCGUGCAAAGCGCUCAAGCUUCGCCAGACAUUUCGCGCAUUGAGUCUCAUCCUUUUGAGCUGCUGCCUGGUAAUGAUUCCCACGCUGCUCGUGGCUCUUGAAGUACUAAAAUCAUUUCCUUAAUAGCCACAUACAUCCCACCUCCCUUCUUCAGGAAACCCGACUCUCUCAAACUCAAAUCCAUACUCCAUUAUCUAAAGGUGCAGACUGUUCGCCGGGCAUGGACAUCGUUUCAGGACUUUCUACUCGUACUCAAAUCACAUUACACGUCACCCUCCAUGGAGCCCAAUCCGGGAUAUUUCAAGUCUAUCUUUGGCGAGAGACCCUUCAAAAUCCGGCCAACGGAUAUGGUAAAGGUGGCUAAGGAUUUGCAUAAGGAAAUGUACGAGAGUCUUGCUAAGCGGGAUAUCAGUACCAUAAAGCAGAUUUGUGUGCCCGGACUCGCGACCUCGUUGCGAGCAAGAAUAGCUUCCAGGCCAAGGGGUGAGAAGAUGAUGUGGGAAUUAUUGAGUUACAAUAGACCCCGCGCAAAGCUGGUCAGUCAUCGCGCAUUCACACUUCCUGGGCCUGAUGGGACGGCGAUUAGACAGGCGGUUGUGAGGAUUGCCUCAACACAACGAUUGACGAGAAAGAACAAGGAGGGUCAGUCUAUAGAGGGGAGCGGGAAAAGGGCUUAUCUGGUGGAGUAUGUAUGUAUUCAGGCGCUGUCGCUUGGUUGGGAAGAGCGUCCUUGGAGGAUUUGGGGAACCGUUCAACCCACGUCUGAAGAAGCCAUGGAUCUAAUGAAGACUUCUGGCGAAAUAGCGGAUUGGGUGUAGGGAAUGCGGGGGUUUCGCCUUGAUGGCUGUCCAAUUGUAAAUUAUGUGCAUAUACAGUACCUGUGAUGAUGCUAGCUACGGUACCUGUAAUCUUUAGAGUUCUGGUCUUCACUGAAUAGAAGCACCACUAUGCGACUACUGGAGUUGGCAGAUUUUGUUGGCGGUCCUUGUAACGUCUCCUGUAAGGAAUCGUCCCCAGCUAGUCCAAAGCCUCCUGAUGGAUAUUUUAUUUUCCGCCUGAAUAUGCUUCAAGGCACUCAAAAGUACCCAUUUGUGUUGAACUCCUGUCAAUGCCCUCCGGACAACACCUGCUUGGCCCAUUUGCCCCUAUUCCCAUCAAUUAUUUGUACAAAUUAUACAAGCUUGGCCCCGGUUAUCUUCUCAAUCUAUGGCAUUUACGCAACUGGCACAGCUGAAGGGGCUUCUGUUCCGGUACCCAUCUUCGCGCCCGUUGGCGGCAUAAAAACGGGUAGGUAUGUGACAACAAGAGACAUGACUAUAGUAUAUUCCUCGUCAACGCUUGUGUCGAUAAUUUUACCACAG